AUGGCUUACAAGGACAUAUCCGAGGAAAAUAUUGCGAUGGAUGAAGAGCAGCAUGUUCCAUUUCUAUCACCUAUAGAUCAUCCGGGCCGUACAUCUGAGAAUACAAAGCAAAAUAUUCGACCAGAUUAUUUGAAGAUAGCCAUGUAUGGACUGCUUGGUUUAUCUGCAAUGUUAACUAUCGGCGGUUUAAGGUCAAAGCCUACGUUUGAAGGAUGCGUGAAACAUUUACAUGAGUGGUCGCCAAUGUUGGAAGCCUUUGAAUAUGAUGCCAGACCGAGAAUCCGAAUGACUUCAAAUUUUAUAUACAUGGGGCAUCCUACAUCCGUUCUUGAACAAGCCUGGGACAGUCUUUGGCAAUUCGGAUCAUUCGGGUUGCCAGAAGAACAACUUCCGCUACUCCAUAAAUCCAGCACAGAACAUGAUUGGCACCAUCUGCCGGAGGCAGGCGGUGGAGGUAUUCAAGCUUAUGUUGAAGGCUUCCAUUACAUUCACUGCUUGAACCUCGUACGUCAGUUCACGUACCGGAAUGAGUAUGAUUAUAGCGAUAUUCAUGCUUUCAAUAACCCUCAUAUGGACAUUAUGGACCACGUUGAGCACUGUUUGGAAAUGCUCAGAGUGAAAAUAAUGUGUAAUGCAGAUUUAUCCAUUUACCCGGUAUCAAGAGACACAAGCGAUGACAAGACGAUUCAUGUUGAGAGGCAAAGACAGGUGUGCCCGAAUUUUGAGAGAUUAGUCAAAUGGGCAGAUGAUCGCAUUACUGUGCCAUUCCGACAGAUUUACAGACGGAGCUUCUUCGGCUUACAGGACCCUGGCUAA